AUGAAGGGGCAGAGCAAGCCUACGAUCGCGCUAUCAGGCUUUCACCCGAAGGUGCAGCUCGCAAGCGCUAUGAAGACGCUCAAAAAGUCCGCUCACCGAGCUUCCCGCCAUGAAGCGGCGCAAAUGCGACAGGCGCCUCCUCCCCCACCCGCCCCAGCUCCGCCUCGAUCUAUUCCUUCGCAUGCUUCUGCCGCCCGCAACUCUCGCACGGCACCGAGGACCGCAUCUUCGCCAUCUACAGCCCGCUACACUUCCAGCCGUCUUCAGGUCUACCAGCCUGGCACGUCGUGGUGGGAUCGAGUCGCUGCUGCGGUCAAUAAGGAGGGCUUCAAGCCUGAGAGCGGCGGCGGACUGGAGGUUGCACUUGUGGCAUGGGAUGAAUGCGAACAGGGCUUUGCUCAACUGCACGAAAGCAUAUCUCAGGUUGCGGGCAUGCUGCAGGUCACGACCUCGGACAACAGACCGCUGGUCGCGUUUGCCAAAUGCAUCCUCACCAUGGACGACGCUUUCCACCUGACGGCCUCGCCUUUCGGCGACAUGCCUCCUCUCACCAAGAUCAGCAUGCUCAUCGAGCAGCAGUCACGUCAAGGCGAUCUCCUCAAAUACAUCGAGGCGAAGCAGGGCUAUUCGGCCCGGCAGAGCAUCAACGAUCUCAAUGCUCGCCUCAAGACACAAUCGCGCUCCGACGGCGCAUCUUCGGCAGCUUCAUCCGCUUUGAGAUGGGGUAGUUACGCCGAAGCCAUCGAGAGUUGGAGGAACGUACUCGACUUGCUUGAGGCUGGGAAUACCGUCUGGGAUCACGAGGCGCUCGAGGAGCGGGGCAACAUCUUCUCGCCGACCAUUCUUCGCGGAGUGCGAGUCGCGCUCAUGAACACGAUCAUGGUCGGUCACGGCAAGGCUUCGACAGACUCGGAGCGCCGCAAAUUCAAGCUUGACGAGAUGGAGGAUCUCGCGAACGACGUUCUUGAUGAGUUCCUCCCAGACUCGUUGCUCGCGGGCAAGCCACCUCUCAUCCCGCGCUGCCGAGCGUACUCGGCGCUUGCGUACAGCUACGCCUACCGCGCCGAGGCUCCCUUCCGCGACAUGCGGAUGGGCGACGCCGCGACAUCGUUCGACUGGUGGGAGAAGCGGACAAUCCUCUGGGCCGGCUUGAGGAUGCGUCUGUAUGCAGGUGGCUGGAGCGUGCAGGAGUUACUUGACCGCGUCGAGGAGGCGAAGCGCGUCGACGAGUUCGCAAGCCGCUUCUUCGGUCCUGGUCCUUCGCCCAAUUACGCACGCGACCUCGUUCUGCACUGCGUCGAGGCUUGCGACGAGUCGCUUCGCAUGGCCGCCCGGCCGACCUACUCCGGCCCAAAGCUGACACGCCAGUCGAAGAUCAAGCCAGUGCCUCGCCUCUGGAGUCCGCCCGGGUUCGACCGAAAUACCGUCUUCACGAAGGACUUCUGGGAGAGUCCUGAGAUGCAGGGUGAUAUCGGAUGCUACGACGAGUACCAGAUGCACUAG